AUGGCGAACGACGACAGCCACCAUGACUACCACGACGACCUCGGUGGCGACGAGGACACGUCCAUCAUCUCCGCCGCUGGCAUCGAGGCCUUUGGCCGCAAGGUAACGACCACAGCCUCCCACCUCAUGGGACCCUCGGACCCGUCCGCCAAUGCCCACUAUAAGUCGGCCAUGUCCGAGGUGCACCGCCAGCUGCGCCGGCCCCACGUCCAACGCAGCGUGCUCGCCAUGGCACGCACCACCCCGACCGACAUGGUGCGCUCGCGCUUGUCCACGAGCGAGAUCCGCCACCGCGCGCUGUCCUACCUGCCCGAAGAAAUGCUGCAAAACAUCCCCGAGGACGACAACGCCUACUCGCUGUUCCAGGGCUUCCAGGCCACGUUCCCCGAGAUGACCGAGGAGGGCAAGAAGCACGGCCACCACGGCCAUGGCACCGGCGGCCACCGGCGGCGCUCGUCGCGAGGCCGCAAGAUGCUCGACGACAAGCCGUCCACGCCAGACGGCCCGCACGCGCUUCACAAGAUGCGCAAGGACAAGGCGGCCAUGAUGCACCAGUUUGAGAUGCUGGGCAUCCGCAAGAACAUGGCUGGCAGCGAGAUCCGGGACAUUGACAUCAAAGUGGCCAACCUGGCUGGCAUGCGCAAAAUUCUGCUGGAUCGGCUAGCUGCGCUGGAGCAGGACGAGGCCUUGCUGGAGCACGACAUCAUGGACCUGGAGGGCCGAAUAGACAUUGCACAGGAGCUGGCGGACGAGGCCGAGACCCUCGCAGCCAACUCUCCCACAAAAUCCGACGUCGACCUGGCAUUAGACAACGACGGCGAUGAGGACGGCGUGGCGGCCAACGGCAGCGCAGCGACCGGUUUCAUGUCACAAUCCAUCUACGAGAAACUCCCCUCGGCCGGCAGCACACCGUCCCGGUCGACCGCUGGGCGUAGGACGCCCAAGGCCGUACGGAAAAAGUCGAUGCCCAUCCUCCACGAGCACUUCCACCCGGGCACGAGCAUCCGCGAAAUUCGCGCGCACCAGGACGCUGUGACGGCCAUUGACUUUGACGCGCCGUUUGGCACGCUCGUCUCGGCGGGCAUGGACGACACGGUACGCGUCUGGGACCUCAACGCCGGCCGCUGCAUCGGCCUGCUUGAGGGCCACACGGCGUCGGUCCGCACGCUGCAGGUGGAGGACAACAUUCUGGCCACGGGCUCGGCCGACGCGACAAUCCGGCUGUGGGACCUGAGCCGGUCACGGUACGACCCGCACGGCAGCCUGUUCAGUAAGUCUGGCAAUGGUGCUGCCGGCGGGGGCGGCGGUGGUGGCGGCGGUGCCGCCGCCGACGAUGACGACGACGACGGUGGCAUCGCCUUUGAGAACCCCGACGACGAGCCCGUCGAGCCGCCAGCCGACAGCAUGGCCGACUGCCCGCUGAUGACGCUGUCCGCACACAUGGGCGAGAUCACGGCGCUGCACUUCCGGGGCGACGUGCUGGUCUCGGGCUCGUCGGACAAGACGAUGCGGCAGUGGGACCUGGAAAAGGGCCGGUGUGUGCAGACGCUGGACGUGAUGUGGGCGGCGGCACAGGCGUCGGCCAGCGUCAGCAGCAGCAGCGCGGCCGGCACCAGCGAGGGCACGUGGCGGCAGACGUCGCGCGCGCAGACGGAGGCGGCGGACUUUGUGGGGGCCGUGCAGGUGUUUGACGCGGCGCUGGCGUGCGGCACGGCCGACGGCAUGGUGCGGCUGUGGGAUCUGCGCAGCGGGCAAGUGCACCGCAGCCUGGUGGGCCACACGGGCCCCGUGACGUGUCUGCAGUUUGACGACGUGCACCUGGUGACGGGCAGCAUGGACCGCAGCAUCCGGAUCUGGGACCUGCGGACGGGCUCCAUCUACGAUGCGUACGCCUACGACAACUCGGUGACGAGCAUGAUGUUUGACGCGCGGCGGAUUGUGAGCGCCGCGGGCGAGGACGUGGUCAAGGUGUACGACAAGGUGGAGGGCCGGCAAUGGGACUGCGGCGCGGGGAUCACGGCGGCCGAGGACGGCCACACGGCGCCAGCGAUUGUGGAGCAUGUGCGGAUACGAGACGGCUACAUGGUGGAGGGCCGGCGGGACGGCCGCAUCGGCGUGUGGACCUGUUAG